CUCGUAGUGACACGGGACCUCCUGGUGGGAGUGGGAGAAACUUCAGACUUCACAGGGUGGAGCUGGGUGGGCCGAGCUGCGAGGAAGAGGGGUGUGUACCAGCUUAAAGUACCGCGCAACGAAUUCCAGGAUCAGGCUUGUAAGAAUUCUGAUCCAAGCGCGCAGCCAGUGAAGAAAAAAAGAAGAAAGUUAGCAGAAGUUUUAAGAAGAGCUGAGGGAUAAUUACUCAGGAAGACACAGAGCUUUCAUCGCUGAUCUAAAGAAGAACGGAGAAAAAUGCCAGGCGAGCGAUUAACAGUAAGAGGCACGUCCGAGAUCGGGCGUUUCCCAGGGGCGGCGCCGCCCACCCGGGUGGAGCUGACCAUUCACCAUCAGGCCGAGAAGAAGCCGGAGGAGAGCGGCUGUCGACGCUGGUUGAGGAAGAUGUGUCCGUGCUGCUGUAAGCGCCAGAACAGCACCUCCUAUGAUGUUACGGAUAAGGUGGAAUUCACCAAACCGCCUACCCCGGCCCCGGUCAUAAUGGAAAAAGACGAAAUUAAGCUGACAGUGUGUUCGAUGGAUCUUCUGAGCUCCAAGACGGGGCAGAACAGACAGGAGCAUCACACCGACCUGUAUCACGGAGACGAGCUGAUCAUCCGCAGAGGACAGACCUUCCAGAUGGAGCUAGAGUUCAACAGACCCUUUUACGCUGACAAUGACAAGCUGCAUCUGGACAUGAAAACAGGUUCACUGCCAAUGGUGUCCAAAGGCACCCAUGUCAUCAUUCCGCUGGUGGACGAGCUGGAAGAUGAACGCUGGGAGGCCAAGAUCGUCGAGCAAAACGGCAACAAGGUCAAGCUGUCCGUCAACUCUCCGAGCACGGCCGUGGUCGGGCUGUACGGGCUCUCGGUGGUAACGUCUACUCUAAAGGGCGAGGCCGCAGCAACUCACAACUCCAGCAAGAACAUCGUCAUGCUCUUCAACCCUUGGUGUGAAGAGGACACGGUGUUCCUGGAUGACGAGGAGGAGAGGAAGGAGUAUGUGCUGAAUGACACCGGGAGGAUUUACUACGGCACGGAGAAACAAAUCGGCGCCCGAACUUGGAACUUUGGGCAGUUCCAUGAGAACAUCCUGGAAGCAUGUCUGUUUAUCCUGGAGAAGAGUGACAUGCCGCCUUCCGGUCAAGCAGAUCCUGUGAAUGUGGUCCGAGUCAUAUCUGCUAUGAUAAACGCUCAGGACGACUUUGGCGUUCUGGUCGGGAACUGGUCCGGAGAUUACGCGGAUGGAAUCUCUCCUUCGGCGUGGAGCAGCAGCGUGGAGAUCCUGAGGAAAUACCACGCCUCCAACGGGACGCCUGUGUCGUACGGGCAGUGCUGGGUCUUCUCCGGGGUCACCACAACAGUGCUACGGUGUCUCGGCAUACCCGCCCGCAGUGUGACCAACUUCCAGUCUGCUCACGACACCGACGUUUCCCUCACUACAGAUGUGUAUUUUGAUGCCGAUAUGGAGCCGAUCGACUACCUCAAUAGUGACUCUGUGUGGAAUUUCCACGUGUGGAACGACUGCUGGAUGGCCAGACCAGACCUGCCUCCUGGCAACGGAGGCUGGCAGGCUGUUGACUCCACUCCCCAGGAGACCAGCCAGGGCACCUUCCGCUGUGGCCCCGCCUCUCUCAACGCCAUCCGCUCCGGCCAGGUCUACCUCAAACAUGACACACCUUUUGUUUUUGCCGAGGUCAACAGUGAUAAGGUCUACUGGCAGAGGAACCUGGACGGUACAUUCAGUCAGAUCCACAGCGAGAAGAAAGCUGUCGGCCACUUCAUCAGCACCAAAGCAGUGGGCUCUGAUGAGCGAGCAGACAUCACACACCUGUACAAACACGAAGAAGGUUCGGAGGAGGAACGCAUCGCUGUCGUGACCGCUAGCCGCCACGGCAGCAAGCCAGAAGUCUACUCCGCCCCCAUGGCAGAGGAUGUGUCUGUGGAGGUGAAGAUGGACGGCGAGGGGCCCAGGAUGGGCGCUGAUGCCCAGCUGAGCAUUGUGGUGAAGAACCUGAGCUCGGAGCCCCGUCGGACAACUCUGCACAGCCAGGUGGCCGUCAUGUACUACACGGGUGUGCUGAGGAACGCCAUCAAGAAGGAGCAGAUGCCUGUGGAGCUUCUGCCCAAUGAAGAAAAGACCAUUGAGUGGGUUCUGCCCUACCAGCAGUACCAGAACCAGCUGGUGGAUCAGGCAGCCCUGAUGCUGACUCUGUCUGGAAGAGUCUCUGAGACCCAGCAAGUGUUGGCCAACCAGACAACCUUCAGGCUCCGGACACCAGACCUCAACAUCACGCCUCUGGGAGACGCCAUUGUUGGUAAGGAGAUGGCCGCCAAGAUAACCUUCACCAACCCGCUGCCACGUACGCUGAAAGGAGUGGUGUUCCGAGUGGAGGGCCUGGGCCUCCAGAAGGGCCAUGAAGUGGUCGUAGGUGAUGUUGGCGGUCACUCCACGGUGACACUGACGGAGCACUUCAUCCCAUCCCAACCCGGGCCCAGGAAGCUGGUGGCGUCUCUCGACUGUAAACAGCUCACACAAGUGCACGGGGUGGCUGACAUUGUUGUUCUCGAACAAUGAGAGGGGACCACAAGGUUCAGCCUCUUCCAUUUUUUUUUUUCCUUAUAAAAUGUAAACAGAGAGCCUCUAAUUAUAUGAAGUGUGCUAAAUUCCUGUAUCCUAAACUGACUUGUUUACUUUCUACUGCAGGCGAAAAUUGAAUUUUUGAUAUUCUAAAACUAUGAAUAGACAAUUUACAACUGUAGCAUUACCAGUGUUAUUAUUAUUAUUUUUGAACUUUAAGUGAUAUAAAUCCACACUUCUGCCUCGCUGUGGUGAAGCAUGCAGCAGGAUUUGAACACAUGCACAGCAGACUAAGGGGCUUCACAUGCUGCCCGAACACUACAGUGCAUUUGGAGACACUGAACAAUGCACGUGAAUUUGCAGAAAGUUUUGGAUAAUGUAAAUACUGUAUGUGUAUUGUUCAUAUAGCUUGUCAUAAUGUGAAAAGUAUUGUCAGACAAAAUGAACCUCACGUGGCUUAAAUGAAGGGAGGGUACUGUGAAAUGUUUGGAAAGGAAAGGGUGUUAACAUUGGUAUUGAUAUUUUGAAAGGAAAAAAAACGUUAGAAUGUUAUAAUUAGAUUUUUUUUCUAUUACAUUUGACUAAAAACUUGCAAAUUAUUCUUGGAAAUUUGCCAAAUACUAACAAUUCACCCUGCAAGGACACGACUAAAAGGUUAUUUUAGAUAAGAUGCCUCUUUUAUUUUGAAAAGCAACCACUCGAAAAGCUGAAAUCCACAUUUGCAAACUGCAAAAAUGUUGCUCUUGACUUUUUUGUAUGUGUGUCACCUUCGUGCGUGUAUGCUUGGACUCUACAGUACAUUGCAGUGAAGCGACAUAUCAGAGAACACAGUGGCCUUAAUACAUGUUAGAUUUAUCUGGUUCUAGUCUGUUUAACUUCAGCACUCAAUGUGAAGGAAACUAUGUCAUUAUACUAUUUAUCAACCUGUAAUAUUUUUUUUUUGUAUCGUCCGUGUUGCGUCUGUAAUAAAACUCACACUGAAGCGA